AUGGCGUACUGCGCGUUUCUCUAUCUUACUUCCUGGCUCAUGGUAGCCUUGUCAUUUCUUGAUAGCUACCUUGUGCAUGCCGGAGAGCCAUUGAUCACCCAAGCCCCUCGAGUUGAUGUCAACUCUCUUUUUGCUCGAGGAGAUGUAUCUACCUGCGGUUUUGUUAGCGGCGAUGUCAAAUCACCACUUACGUGUCCUACGAGCUACUCCUGCACGUCUACGGUACAAGACAUGAUAGGAUGGGCCUGCUGCAACCAGAUUCAGUGCGCAGGAAACUACCGCAUCUGCGUGGACUACGGUGCUCAGCUCUGUGCUGGGGGUCUAGAUGCAUCAGACUGCUCAUCGAUAUAUACCUCCAUUCUGUCUUGCUCUUCGGCUGCUCCAUCCUGCUUCUCGUACGCUCGGUCGCUGAGCCUGGGGGCCGUCUCUACGUAUUUCUCCUUGGCGUGCGGCCAGACAUCCGGCACCGUGCUGGCUCUUCAGACGUUCUUGGGUGGCAACUCACCAGCAGCGGGCACAGCAGCCUCCUCUACCGCACCCGGCCAAUCCAGUCCUUUCUCAACAGCCUCGAACCUCGGCUCCUCGCCUACUGAGUCCUCUUCAUCUAGCCUCUCAGCGGGAGAAAAGGCCGGUAUCAUUGUCACUUCCGUCGGUGUCGCUGUCACUAUGGUCGGGGUUGCGGUAGCGAUUAUGGUCGGCUGGUGGAAGCCACAUCAAGUGCUCUGGCUCGUCACUUGCGGUAGGCGGGGCUGCAAGAGAUCGGUCAAACCGCGGCAAGCGCAGGCGGGACAUCAGCUCGUGAAUGUGGGCAGUGGAGGUGCUCAUAAUGUGGGUGUCAAUCAUGUCGCACAUGGUGGGCGGUGGGGCGCGAUUGGAAGACCGUGA